CAGCGGCCGGCAGAGCCGAGCGGGGCAGAGCAUCCUGCGCCCCGGCGCGGGGCCCUGCGGUAACCUCGGCCCCUGCCCUGGACCUGCCGCAGACCCAGUGUGGAGUACAGAAGCUGCCACCAUGACCACCCACGUGACGCUGGAAGAUGCCUUGUCCAACGUGGACCUGCUGGAAGAGCUGCCCCUCCCCGACCAGCAGCCAUGCAUCGAGCCUCCGCCUUCCUCCAUCAUGUACCAGGCUAACUUUGACACCAACUUUGAGGACAGGAAUGCGUUUGUCACGGGCAUUGCAAGGUACAUUGAGCAGGCGACGGUGCACUCCAGCAUGAAUGAAAUGCUGGAGGAAGGUCACGAGUACGCGGUCAUGCUGUACACCUGGCGCAGCUGCUCCCGGGCCAUCCCCCAGGUGAAAUGCAACGAGCAGCCCAACCGGGUGGAGAUCUAUGAGAAGACGGUGGAGGUGCUGGAGCCGGAGGUCACAAAGCUCAUGAAGUUCAUGUACUUUCAGCGCAAGGCCAUCGAGCGGUUCUGCAGCGAGGUGAAGCGGCUGUGCCAUGCCGAGCGCAGGAAGGACUUUGUCUCCGAGGCCUACCUCCUGACCCUGGGCAAGUUCAUCAACAUGUUCGCCGUCCUGGACGAGCUGAAGAACAUGAAGUGCAGUGUCAAGAAUGACCACUCCGCCUACAAGAGGGCAGCCCAGUUCCUCAGGAAGAUGGCAGAUCCACAGUCCAUCCAGGAGUCACAGAACCUCUCCAUGUUCCUGGCCAACCACAACAGGAUCACGCAGUGUCUCCAUCAGCAACUGGAAGUGAUCCCAGGCUACGAGGAGCUGCUGGCUGACAUUGUCAACAUCUGUGUGGAUUACUACGAGAAUAAGAUGUACCUGACCCCCAGCGAGAAACACAUGCUCCUCAAGGUAAUGGGCUUUGGCCUCUACCUGAUGGAUGGCAACGUCAGUAACAUCUACAAACUGGACGCCAAGAAAAGAAUCAACCUCAGCAAAAUAGACAAGUUUUUUAAGCAGCUGCAGGUGGUGCCCCUUUUCGGCGACAUGCAGAUAGAGCUGGCCAGAUACAUUAAGACCAGUGCUCACUAUGAAGAGAACAAGUCCAAGUGGACAUGCACACAGAGCAGCAUCAGCCCCCAGUACAACAUCUGCGAGCAGAUGGUUCAGAUCCGUGAUGACCACAUCCGCUUCAUCUCCGAACUCGCUCGCUACAGCAACAGCGAGGUGGUGACAGGCUCCGGACUGGACAGCCAGAAGUCAGACGAAGAGUACCGAGAGCUCUUCGACCUGGCCCUGAGGGGCCUGCAGCUCCUGUCCAAGUGGAGCGCCCACGUCAUGGAGGUGUACUCUUGGAAGCUGGUGCAUCCCACAGACAAGUUCUGCAACAAGGACUGUCCCGGCACGGCGGAGGAGUAUGAGCGGGCCACACGCUACAAUUACACCAGCGAGGAGAAGUUUGCCUUCGUGGAGGUGAUUGCCAUGAUCAAGGGACUGCAGGUGCUCAUGGGCAGGAUGGAGAGCGUCUUCAACCAAGCCAUCAGGAACACCAUCUAUGCAGCUCUGCAGGACUUUGCCCAGGUGACCCUGCGUGAGCCUCUGAGGCAGGCGGUACGCAAAAAGAAGAACGUCCUUAUCAGUGUUCUGCAGGCAAUUCGGAAGACCAUCUGUGACUGGGAGGGGGGACGCGAGCCCCCCAAUGACCCAUGCUUGAGAGGGGAGAAGGACCCAAAAGGUGGAUUUGAUAUCAAGGUGCCCCGGCGAGCCGUGGGGCCAUCCAGCACACAGGCCUGCCAGUGGUCCCCGAGGGCUUUGUUUCACCCCACUGGUGGCACACAGGGCCGAAGAGGCUGCCGAUCCCUGCUGUACAUGGUGCGCACCAUGCUGGAGUCGCUCAUCGCAGACAAAAGUGGCUCCAAGAAGACCCUGAGGAGCAGCCUGGAUGGCCCCAUCGUCCUGGCCAUAGAGGACUUCCACAAGCAGUCCUUCUUCUUCACACAUCUGCUCAACAUCAGUGAGGCCCUGCAGCAGUGUUGCGACCUGUCUCAGCUCUGGUUCCGAGAAUUCUUCCUGGAGUUAACCAUGGGCCGGCGAAUCCAGUUCCCCAUUGAAAUGUCCAUGCCUUGGAUUCUAACGGACCAUAUCCUGGAAACCAAAGAACCUUCCAUGAUGGAGUACGUCCUCUAUCCUUUGGACCUGUACAACGACAGUGCCUACUACGCUCUGACCAAGUUCAAAAAGCAGUUCCUGUAUGAUGAGAUUGAAGCCGAGGUGAACCUGUGCUUCGAUCAGUUUGUCUACAAACUGGCAGAUCAGAUCUUCGCCUACUACAAAGCCAUGGCCGGCAGUGUCCUGCUGGAUAAACGCUUCCGAGCUGAAUGUAAGAAUUAUGGAGUCAUCAUUCCGUACCCGCCGUCGAACCGCUAUGAAACACUCCUGAAGCAGAGACACGUGCAGCUGUUGGGUAGAUCAAUUGACCUGAAUAGACUCAUAACCCAGCGCAUUUCUGCUGCUAUGUAUAAAUCUUUGGACCAGGCCAUCAGCCGCUUCGAGAGCGAGGACCUGACCUCCAUUGUGGAGCUAGAAUGGCUGCUCGAGAUUAACCGGCUCACGCACCGGCUGCUCUGUAAGCACAUGACACUGGACAGCUUCGAUGCCAUGUUCCGGGAGGCCAAUCACAACGUGUCAGCCCCGUACGGCCGCAUCACCCUGCAUGUCUUCUGGGAGCUGAACUUUGACUUCCUUCCCAACUACUGCUACAACGGCUCCACGAACCGUUUUGUCCGGACUGCCAUUCCUUUCACCCAAGAACCACAACGAGACAAGCCCGCCAACGUCCAGCCUUAUUACCUGUACGGCUCCAAGCCUCUCAACAUUGCCUACAGCCACAUCUAUAGUUCCUACAGGAACUUCGUGGGACCCCCUCAUUUCAAGACCAUCUGCAGACUGCUGGGGUACCAGGGCAUCGCGGUGGUCAUGGAGGAACUGCUGAAGAUCGUCAAGAGCUUGCUCCAAGGAACCAUCCUCCAGUACGUGAAGACUCUGAUCGAGGUGAUGCCCAAGAUAUGCCGUCUGCCCCGGCACGAGUAUGGCUCCCCAGGGAUCCUGGAAUUCUUCCACCACCAGUUGAAGGACAUCAUUGAGUAUGCCGAGCUCAAAACAGAUGUGUUCCAGAGCCUGCGGGAAGUGGGCAAUGCCGUUCUGUUCUGCCUCCUCAUAGAGCAAGCACUGUCUCAGGAGGAAGUCUGUGAUCUGCUCCACGCCGCUCCAUUCCAAAACAUCUUGCCCAGGGUCUACAUCAAAGAGGGAGAGCGUCUGGAAGUGCGCAUGAAACGCCUGGAGGCCAAGUAUGCCCCGCUUCACCUGGUGCCCCUCAUUGAGCGGCUGGGGACCCCACAGCAAAUCGCCAUCGCUCGAGAGGGGGACCUGUUGACCAAGGAGCGGCUGUGUUGCGGACUGUCCAUGUUUGAGGUCAUCCUGACCCGCAUCCGCAGCUACCUGCAGGACCCCAUCUGGAGGGGCCCGCCACCCACCAAUGGCGUCAUGCACGUGGAUGAGUGUGUGGAGUUCCACCGGCUCUGGAGUGCCAUGCAGUUCGUCUACUGCAUCCCUGUCGGGACCAACGAGUUCACCGCUGAGCAGUGUUUUGGGGACGGCUUGAAUUGGGCUGGCUGUUCCAUCAUCGUCCUGCUGGGUCAGCAGCGGCGCUUCGACCUGUUUGACUUCUGUUACCACCUGCUCAAAGUCCAGAGGCAGGACGGGAAAGAUGAAAUCAUUAAAAAUGUGCCCCUGAAGAAGAUGGCCGACCGCAUCAGGAAGUACCAGAUCUUGAACAAUGAGGUUUUUGCCAUCCUGAACAAGUACAUGAAGUCUGUGGAAACAGACAGUUCCACUGUGGAGCACGUGCGCUGUUUCCAGCCACCCAUCCACCAGUCCCUGGCUACCACCUGCUAGGCUCAAGGUCCUGCAAGCCCUCAUCCCGGAGGAGGAGAAGCAGGAGAGAAAGCCAUGGGCAGCCUGCAUCUGAGUCCAACUGGUCAGCGUGUGGCCUAGACCUGGAAGUAAACAAGAACCUCCCCAAACACAUCACACCACACCCAGGGGCUGGGCUUGUGCAUGCUCUCCCAUGCCAUCUCCAUGGUGGGUUUUCCAUAGUGUAAAUGAAAAAGACCGACAGUGUGUGCUUUCCCUCACCCCCCAACCUUUGUCCAUCCCACAGUCCCACCCAUGUGUGAUCACUUCCUAAGAUAGUGACCUCUUAUCCAGUCCCCUCAGGUCAGCCUACACCGACAGUGGCACCUCAGCUUACUGGUUUGGGCAUGUUCUCGGGCUGUUCCCUCCAGUUUCCCAGGUGGCAUUUUCUCCUGCUCUGGGUGUUAGGAAUUCAGGAGUAUGUUUGGAGCAGAGGCCGAGAGCCACAGUGACACAAGGGUUCCUGGGAUUGCCAUCACAGUAGAUGCUGGUGGCUCUAGCUUUUCCUAGGCUCCCUAACUCUUCUUUCAAAGUGGUCCUGGAAAGAAGGCAGAAAUGCUUUCACAGCUGUCCUAGACUAAGUGUAAGCAGUGAGGAAGAUAGUGCAGCCCGCCACCAGAGGUGGCAUUUACAAACACGGCCAGCAAGCUUACCGAGGCUGCUGCAUCAGCUUGAUGGGAAGGUGGUUCCUUUACUCCUCAAGCAAAUACUUUGCACCAGCCACACAGGGCAAAGGAUGUGCCAGGCUUGGCACUGCCCACAGCACUUGCCAGUGACCAAACUAGGAACCACUUCCUAAAUCAAGAAACUCUUCCACAGAAAAGACAAAUAUAAAGGGUUUAUGACAACAGAGGCCCAAACCAUCUUGGAGACAGGAAGGUAAGGAGUGAAAAUUCACCAGUCGGCUUCUAGUGCAGUGAUGUACCCCCCCAAAAUCCUGCUUGAAUGAGUUACAACUUCCUUUGCCCUGUGAAAGCCUGAGUAUUGCAUCUUUUGUCCUCAACUUUCCAUGCCAUUAAGAUUCUGAAGUUAGAUUUGGGGGUAUGGAUUCUCUCAUCGGAGCUGUAUUUCCUUGCAUUUUUCAGACCCAAUCAAAAAUUCCUCUGCAAAAUUUCUCCCAGGUAUGGGGAAACCAUCUGGGGCAACAGAAGGCUUUGGAAUACAAAUGUCUCGCUACAGAGCACAGCUUCAAAAGGAGCCUGUAGGCUUGAGCUUUUCACAGCAUAGAAAGCAUGACAGUUUGAUACUUAUCCAGACCUGGAUGAACAGAACCAAGAAAAUGCAAAGAACAAUGAUAACCUUCUGCCAGGGCAGACAAAUGGAAAUGGUUAUGUCUCAUCACUCCUGAGGUCUGAGCGAGGAACUCUUAUUCUCCAGUGAGGAAAGGUGGGGUCAUCAGAUCCUGAGAUGAGCACAUUUGAGUGAUGUGAUUGCUAGCCCAACCCUAAUUCUGAAUCCCUUUUGAUAGGGCUAGGAAACUGCAGUUUCCACAAGCUAGCUGAGCUAUUCUGUUGUACAUCAAAAUGUAACAACCCCUGGAUAAAGGAAUCAUCUUGUUAACUUUAGGUUUGGAACUACUUCCAAGCCAUGAAAGGAAAUACAUGCUAGAGGAAAGGUUCGAAGUGUCAGGUGGCUGGUCCUAUUUGGAGCCGCUACUUCCUGUUCUCAUUUGUUUUCCUCUUGGGCACCACAGUGGUGCCCCACAUCAUCAAGACAGAGCUUACAGCAUCACAUGGCAGAACCACUUGGCAGAACAUGUCUUCCAACAUGCGUUAGAUCUCUACGCUCUUCCCUACCUUCCACCCUGUCUGGGACUGACAGCUGCCUCUUUCAGACAAAUUAGUAGUUUUGAAGCUCUAGAGUUCACUCCAAAUUUCUAGCCUUGCUUUGUAGGACCACCCAUUUGACUAGAUUGUUAUUCCACAAUCCAUGCUUCCCACACCACAUUUGUGAUUCUAAACUUGACCCUCGGAACAGUCACGUUAUGCUCCAGAGACGUGGGCCCAGAAAACUGUUGCCUUCACAUUCAGGAGAGAGAAAUUUUGUUUCCCUGAAAGCACUUACCAACACUGGGAAAGUUCAGUAUUUUUUCCUCCCUAACACUGUUACAGCCUUCCUUUUAGUUUUUCUCUGUGUCUGAGACCCAGGAAAAAAGCUGAGGCUUUAAAAAGUUUUAAAAAAAAAUCCUGUUUCAGAAAUUGUCAAAUGUACCAUAUUUGUAUUAAGAGUUGUUGGGGAAUUUUUGUACAAUGAAUUUACAUUUAUUUAUGGUGACUUAUAUUUACGCUUGUGAUCAAAAUGAUGUUAAAUUCUUAAAUCAUAUUUGCUAUGCAGCUGAAGAUGAUAUUUUGAUUUGUAUUUUGGGGGUACCUGUGUUGAGUUGAUAAACAUUUCCAUCUCCAUUAAAACUGCUUCCAACCCAG